UACUUCCGGUCCCUAGUUUUUAUGCCCUGACGGAAACAAAGUGCGAGACUCUCUGUGUUAAACGUUCCAGUUAUGCCGGAUUUUGAAAAUGUUAAUGUUGAGGGGUUUUUUUUUUUCUUUGACUGAAUGAACGCGCUAUAGGUUUGUUUUCUUUAAUACAGUGUAGAUCUUAUUCCUAUAAAAUAGAUGCAUAAAGCUGAAUGUUAUCCAGUUAGUCACCUUGUGAGCCACCAGGCGGAUGAGUAAUAUACCGAGUAAUGACCACUUCACUGUGAACACCGGUUUAUGGUAACAUUAAAUAGAUAUAAAGUAACGCGUUCGUUAUAUUUUUAUAAUGGUUGUACUUCUGCGAAACCUACAACACGUUGUUCCGAUUCGACGUGCCAGGUUGCGCAAAGACGUGGAGACGCUGAAACGCAUUUUGGGCGUUCAGAGAUUUGACCUGGGCAUCGUGUGUGUGGACAACCGCAAAAUCCAACACAUCAACAACAUCUACAGGAAAAAGAACAUGCCCACAGAUGUGCUCUCAUUCCCCUUUUAUGAGGACUUGAGGCCAGGCAAGCUCCCAUGCGCCCUCCACGGAGAUGAGUAUAAUUUAGGAGAUAUUUUCUUGGGAGUAGAAUAUGUAAUGCAACAGUGUCAAGAAAGAUCCUGGGAUUUUCACGGAACCCUCACAGUAGUAGCUGCACAUGGAAUCUGUCACUUGCUUGGGUACAGACAUGAGACUGAGGAGGAGUGGGAUGAGAUGUUUCAGAAAGAAAAUUACAUCCUACGGGAGUUCAACAGACUAACCGGCAGUCAUCUUGAGCCUCUAACAAAGAGAUGCACAGGAGACGGGUGACAUUGGAAAGCUUGCAUUGAAGACACUGGACUUAAAAGCAAAGAUUAAAAGACAAUCACAUCCAUCCAACAUACUGUGCUACUAAAGCAUGAUUUAGUUAACAAACAAUUGUGUGUUCCUUUUAUAAAUUA